UUAAUACUCCCUUGCGCCCGAGGUCGAGGUUCAUAGGUUAAAGGCGCCGUGCACACGCUGCUAGCUCGACAUGUGUUGUUGUCUUGUCCUGUCGUGAAAUCAAGUGCAGCAUCAUGGCGAAGAAUAGGAAGAACAAAACCAAAGAGUCGGGAAAACAAGCGGCCAAGACCGGGCAGCAGCAAAGCGAUAAAAAGCUCAAGCGCGAUGGCAAACCCAAGAAAGCCAAAGAAGAGGACCACCUCAAACAAAUCCCCUUCAGGCUCCGAGAGAUAAUGAAGAGCAAGGAGAUGAUGAAGACUGCACCACCCAGGUCCAAAAAGCUUAAAGAGGCCAUCUCCCUGAAGGUGAAGCCAGAGGACUCCCAGGAUGGAGACAUACCUGUGCCACACUUCAAGAGGGGCCGGCACGAGACGGAGAGAGCCUACCUGCGGCGCAUGGAGAACGCGACCAAACACGUCCUCUUCCUCACCAAGAACCAGGUGGACCGGAAACCGGAGCUGGCCGCAGAUCAACAGGAGAGGCCUGCCGACAAGGGCAAGUCGGAGAAAAAGAAGGAGUACGAUAAAGGGAGAUUACAGAGGCUACAGCUGAAAAAGUUGAACAGACAAGAGGCCGAGUUGGAAAAAGAGAUGUAUGUUGAUCAUGUUCCCUUUGGGGAAGUCGCAAUGGCCCCACCGUGUUUCAGCUCCAAACCCAAGAAAGCUCCCGUCAAAUCUCAGGUUUCGAAGGGACUGCUCCUCAACUCCCUCCUUGGCAACACCAUGGCCUCCACAACCAAGCCCUCCAUGGCCAGACAGAGAAUCAUGGAGGAGGAGAGGGUGCGAGCAGUGGAGGCCUACCGUCAUCUGAAGAAACAGAAACAGCAGCAGCACGAGGCCAGGACUGCCGGCUUGGAAAAGCUCAAGAGCUUUCAGUGAUGACUCGCAGUCACUCGUGAAUGACUGCUGUGAACGGUGAUGUUCAGAAACUGGCACAGAUCACAGGAGAGAUCUGUAUGUGGGAGGGAUAGCUCACCAAACCGUAGCUAACUGUCAGGGAAAGAAGCAAAAACAUUUGCAUCCGCAGGCCACAGUUUGAGGUAAGUUAAGCCUCAUUCUGCCACUUUCCUUUUCACAUAUUUAGUCCAAAAGAGAACUGGACGUUAUGAUUUAGUGUAACUCAUGACAGUGCUAUAAAAUACACAGGCUUUUUGCUUUUGUUUAUUUCACACCCUAUAUUUACACAUUUUCAUAUUUCCAUCUUUAGAUAACCACUGUGACAUCAUUUGUGGUGUGACAGACAAUAAAAUCAUAAAUGUAAUCCACGGGGAAGAUGUAAACCUGAUUGUUUUCUGUAGUUCCACUAGAUGGCAGUACUCAUGUAGGGUGUUGCUUCUGUACUGUUUGUAUGGAGGGCUGACACAACAUGCUGGCUGAAUUAUUUUGGACCUCUUUUUCCUCUCUUUUUUAAAAUUGAAAUGUAUUUUUUGGUUUUAUGCCAUGCUAUAUUACAUAUAUUGGUUAUAAGCUAAUUUAUGUAUUCUGUUACCAUGUGUCAGAGUGGAAUUUAGUGCAAUUUGAUAUAUAUAAAAAUAAAUAAAGUUGAUAACAAUCUCA